GAAUAUAAACAUCAAACUGCCCCUUGGCAUUGAUCUUCUUCCAAGACAAUUUUGUUCCCGUUUUAGAAUACAUUCCCAGUUAUUCUCUUCAAUAAGAUAGAUAGCACAAUGUCUGAAACUAUGCGAGCAGUUGAUAUCAAAGAUGGCAAAGGCCAUGCUGAUGCCCUUUUCAUAAAUGAUUCGACGCCCAAGCCUACCGCUCAAUCGGGCGAGGCUAUCGUCAAAGUCAAAGCUUUCGGUCUUAACCGCAUGGAUCUUCUCCAGCGUGAAGGUCUCUAUCCUGUUCCACCACAAGCUCCCAAAACUCUUGGUGUGGAAUUCUCUGGUACGAUUGAAAGUUUAGGCACAGAUAUUAAAGAGGGCUUUAGUGUUGGAGAUGAGGUUUUUGGUUUGGCGUACGGAGGUGCAUAUGCGGAGUACCUUGCCGUGAGCACACAUAUGCUCUUAAAGAAACCGGAUCAUUUGAGCUGGGAAGAGGCAGCUGGUAUUCCUGAGACAUGGAUAACAGCUACUCAAGCUAUGUAUCUCGUCGGCGAAUUUUCCCAAGGGAAAUCCAUUCUCUGGCAUGCAGGAGCAUCAUCCGUCUCUAUCGCCGGUAUUCAACUCGCCAAGAACUCCGGCGCGUCAGCUAUCUAUGUAACGGCGGGCUCACAAGAAAAGAUCGAUUUCUGCGUUAAUGCAUUAGGAGCCACAGCAGGCUUCAACUACAAAACACAAGAUUGGGCCAAGGAAAUCACCGCUGCUACAGAUGGCAAGGGUGUUGAUAUUAUUGUUGAUUUCGUAGGAGCAAACUAUUUCCAAGGAGAUCUAGAUGUAGCAGCAAAAGAUGCGAGAAUUGUUCUUUUGGGGGUAAUGAGUGGCACAAAAUUGCCAAGUGGUGUUGAUAUGGGUGCAUUCAUUUUUAAGAGAGUCAGAUUUGAAGGAAGUACGUUGAGGAGUAGAGAUGUGGAUUAUCAAGGGAAAUUGAGGGACAAGUUGGAAGAAUACAUUCCUAAAUUUGAGGAUGGUACGUUCAAGAUUUUUGUGGACAAGGUUUUCCCGUGGGAGAAGGUGGUUGAGGCCCAUAAGGAGAUGGAGAAAAAUACUAGCAAAGGGAAGAUCAUCUGUACAAUUUCUUAGGGAGGAUGAAAUGUGUAUACCAACGCUUUCUACCUAGGUAUGUUAAGCGAUCAAAAUCAUAUUUAGUGUACGAUUAGUUUUGGGGGUUGAGGUGUCAUCGACGCACCAUACAUAGACUUGUAGAAUCACCUGAUUAUAAGCACUUGAGACAUUUUUUGCACAGGUAGAUCGUUCGCUUUCUUCAAACAAACACAGAAUCAUAGAUCAUGAAACUAAAGCUUUCCCUUCA